CAGCUCACUCCUUGUUACAACACUUAUCGCCAUGACUGGUAUACCUACAACCUUUAACUGGACCUCCCGUGAUCCUCGUGACUCGGCCCUGUUCCCGUCCAGCUAUGCAAUGACUUAUCGCUUCAUUACGGAGGAUCACACCGGCGAGGUUAUCACUACCAUCCUGAAGGGCAUCCGAAAUAACAAGGAGGAUCGUAUCGCUCGACUUGAAUGGAGCGGCAACGAUGGCUGGGGCCGUGCCGUAAUGGGUCGCCUUUCCAUGCCAAUGGCCGAUAUGAUGCGCAGAGAAGGCUAUGGAGAAUGGGACCGGCUUUUCACAGGACCCGAUGGAUACAUCUACAUGUGGACCACGGCACCUAAUGGAGAACUGCACCUUUUAGAUCCGACUGGCUUCAAAAUUGCUUUCUAUCGCAUGGUGAAGUCAACUCUGCGAUACAUGGGACAAGAAGUCUGUGGAGAACUGCAUAUCGUCCCGAAGGACGGUGGCAUUGUGCUUCACCCUCCUCUGAUGGACAUGAUCGUCAUCACCGCUAUGCUGUAUCGGUUUUCCAUCCAGCGGGGGUUGUAGCUGGGUUACAUGUAGACGCACUCCUUUGUUCACGCCUCAGUACUGUUCCUUCACGUACGCGUCACCUUUGUCCGGAGGAUAGAGCAUUCACCGGUACCAUCC